ACAGAAAUGCGUCUGAUCUGCCUUGAACGUCAGAUGAAGAAGUUAGCAUUACAUUCAGUACGCUGCUGCCUCUCAGCGUACAGAGCAUCAUCCAGUGGACCAGUUUGUCUAUACAAUUAAUAUAUUUUCUAUCAUACGGAUGUGUAGACACUGUUACUUGUUCCUGCUACAGUAAUAGUCACAUCGGUUUUUUCUCGAGGACCGCAUAAGGAAGCCCGAGAAGAGCCGAGGACGUGUGAGACUUGAGAGUUUUAACAAACAAUCUGUUUGGUCUGCCUCCACUCUGAUUGUUAGCUAUUUGCCAAGAGAGUUAUUUCCUACGGUCCAAGGAAACAUGAGCUUUCUUUUUGGAAACCGUUCAUCCAAGACGUUCAAGCCCAAGAAGAAUAUCCCGGAGGGUUCGCAUCAGUACGAGCUGUUGAAACAUGCAGAGGCUACACUGGGAAGUGGAAACCUGCGCAUGGCAGUCAUGUUGCCCGAGGGCGAAGACUUAAAUGAGUGGGUCGCAGUCAACACUGUGGAUUUCUUCAACCAGAUCAACAUGCUGUAUGGCACCAUUACAGAUUUUUGCACAGAGGAAAGCUGUCCAGUCAUGUCUGCUGGUCCUAAGUACGAGUACCAUUGGGCGGAUGGCACCAACAUCAAGAAGCCCAUCAAAUGCUCUGCUCCCAAGUAUAUUGAUUACCUCAUGACCUGGGUGCAAGACCAGCUUGAUGACGAGACACUUUUCCCUUCAAAGAUCGGUGUCCCCUUUAAGCGAAACUUUAUGUCCGUGGCGAAGACGAUUCUGAAGCGCCUGUUCAGGGUCUACGCUCACAUCUACCACCAGCACUUUGACUCUGUGAUGCAGCUGCAAGAGGAGGCCCACCUCAACACGUCGUUCAAACACUUCAUCUUCUUUGUUCAGGAGUUCAACCUCAUCGACAGGAAAGAGCUGGUUCCACUUCAGGAGCUGAUUGAAAAACUGACAACCAAGGAUAGAUAAACAGCAAUGUAAUCCUAAUUUUAUUGGUCUUCUAGUUUUUGCACAGAUACCCACCCCACCCCUGGCUGUAUGUAUGCAGUAUAUACUAUAUUUCCAUUUGGGGAAAUGUUUUAAUAAGGCCAGGCAGAAGGAAGGGUCUUGAUAGGUUUAAGGCACCAGGACUAAUGCUUUCAGGGAUUAUUGAGCAAACCACACAUUAACAUAUUGGAGGAAAUGGUUUUAGCUGUAUGGAAAGAUCCCCAGAGUUCAGUCAUGGCUUACAUUUAGGAUAAUAUAGACAAAUGUUCAUUAGUUUUCUAUUAUACUGCACAGAUGUUUUUUUCCACUUGGAUUUAUGGCAACACGAGGCGUUUCCAUGCUCUUAGAUUCCCAUUUCGAACUCUCCUGCAGGGAAGAUGUGUAAGCAAAGUUGCUGUAUCGUGAUAGGAGGGCUUUGUUGGUGUUCUGGCAAGAGCUUAAGCCAGCCUUAAAGCCAAUUUCACCGCAGUAGAUAGUUAUUUUAUUCAAUAAUCUACAUAGAAGGCUCUGGAUCUGCUACUUUUCACAUGAGUAAGAGCCCCCAUCCGUCACUACAAAAUAAUCCUAAGUGCCUAGCAUGGCUCAUAAUUGCCCUAUAUCAACAGAGAGAGCUGGAAGAAGAUUAAGGCCAUAUACCACUGACUUAAUAGACAAAACAUUAAAUUCAACACGCCCCCCUCCCUUUAAGUUUCUCUGGUUCUUAAUUCUCUUUUUUUUUUUUGCCCCUUUUCUAUUUGUACUGUAACUUGGUGAAACAAUAAUUUUCUCUUUAAAACCGUACUUCUCACCAACCUUUUCCUUCUUUAGUCUCUUUACUGAGUGUUCUGUGCAGGUGAUGAUACAUGAAUGUGUUGAAGGACAUGGAAGUGAGGCUCGGAUAUUGUGACGUUGUAGCAGGGACUAACAAUGAACUAAACCUUUAGCGUUUUCCAGCGACAUGUUCCUGUGUACUAGUUGUUUCCCUCAAAACUUGAAGUAGAAACACAUUUUUAGGAAAAGUCUUCAAGGAAUCUAAAACCUUAAAUUGUAUAUAAAUGUCCUGAAAUAGAAGUAGAGACCUGCGUUCUACAUUCACAACCUCCACUGUCGAGUAAUACGAGCGUUUUGAAUUGGAUUAUGCUGCAUCCCUUGUUAUCUCACUAGCCAUGAAGCACUUUGAACAAUUUUCCUGACCUCUUUUGCCUGAAUGUUUAUUCUGCAUAGACUGUGCUUUGUGAGAAGCGGUAUCAUGUGACUGAUCAUAGUUUAUUUCCUCCUUCAUACUAACCCCCCCCCCCCCAAAUGAAUGUUGAAUUGCUUAUCCUCCUCUGAAAUUGGCUCUAAGACACGAGUGAGAUUUCUUAUGCUUCUGUAAGGUCUGAGUUGUUUGUUGCUGCGCUUCAAACGGCAGAUGCAUGAACCCUUCCCAAAUCUCAAAGUGUAGUUUACUAUGCAAUAAUGGACACAACACUAAAAGGGUUACCAGUUGGCUCAUUCAUACUUUAUCUAACAUUCAUUUUCCUUUUUUAUAGUGCUUAAAUUCUGGUGUAUGAUAGAAAUAGAAUUAUCUUUAGGUGUGGUUUAAGGAACGGUGAGAUGAACAUUUUAUAUAUCUUUAUAUAUAAUUUGUCAGAAAGGUGUAAUACUUCAAUGCACACGUGUAAAUACUGAGGGUUAGACCUGUCUUCAAGAUGAUUUUCAAUGAGCAUGGAGUGGUAGCGUUUGGUUUAAAGAAUGUGUCGAGUCUCUUUAGAGGCUGCUUCCCUUUCCCCCCAUUUGGAUAUUAAAACCUUGUUUUAAUUAUCUUUUUUCCACUUCCUUGGCUAACUAUUAUGAAUGUUACUGCUCACCAGAUCUCUGAAAAUGUAAUAGAAAGUCAGUCCUCCUGAAAGCAUCUCAUCCCUAUGAAAUGCUCGUAACAUAGCCUGUUGCCUACACUUGUUCCUCCUUGGCUGUAAUAAUUGAUGAAACGUUUGUAAAUAAUGGCUUGGUAGGGGUUUUCAAUGCUACUGAAUUGAUUUAUGCUGUUUACAAGGAAAAUAAAGGUGGUCUUGACUCUUUGAA